AUACAUAGAGAGAGAGAGACAGCUAGAUAACACUUUAGAGAAAUGGUGUAUGCAGGUUACUGUUUGAAGGAGAAGAAGCCAUGCGUGAGAUGGGUCGAGAGAUACUUCGAUGACUGCCUUUGUAACCUGAACGACGACGUCUCGUUUGCUCUUGGAAUCGUUAGCCUUAUCUGCUGGGCCGUCGCAGAGAUUCCUCAGAUCAUUACUAACUUCCGUACAAAGUCCAGUCAUGGUGUCUCUCUAUCUUUCCUACUCGCUUGGGUCGCUGGUGAUAUCUUCAAUCUGACCGGGUGUUUUCUUGAACCAGCCACCUUGCCGACUCAGUUCUACACAGCCUUGCUUUACACAGUGAGCACCGUGGUAUUGGUGAUUCAGACAAUUUACUACGACUAUAUCUACAGACUUUAUACCCACGGACACACUAAGAUCUGUCAGAAGGAGGAAGAAGAUGAAGAGAAGAGACCGUUAAACCCACCAAAGACGAUGGGAUCUGCCAUUUCCAUCCCUGGAGAAUCUUACAAAGCUUCUCCUCGGAAAGAAUUCUAUUACACGUCAGCGAGAUCAUUAGCUGGAAGCGGCACACCGCCUUUAAGGACAUCGUAUUUUCGGGUGGCUAAGAGUGGACCUUCGGCCAUGACAAUAGAUAGUGGUUCUUCCUCGGACGAAGAUGAGACAUUGUCAACGAUUCCUGUUGUAACGGCUAAGACCAUUACACAGCCAAGGCCAAUCCUAAGACAGGCAGGUUUUGGAACGUUUUUAGCCGCAUCCGUUAGCCUUCCACUGCAGGCCACGAGCCUAGCGGAAAAAUUUGCACAUGCUUCAAGCAGACGGCUUCUAAAUGAAAGAAUAGUUGAGCAUAGCGCAUUGGGACAAUGGUUGGGAUGGCUAAUGGCAGCCAUUUACAUGGGUGGUCGCCUCCCUCAGAUCUGGCUCAACAUCAAACGAGGAAGCGUCGAGGGUAUGAAUCCACUUAUGUUCAUCUUUGCGCUUGUAGCAAAUGCAACAUACGUUGGUAGUAUUCUUGUCAGAACAACUGAAUGGGAUAGUAUCAAACCAAAUCUCCCUUGGUUGCUUGAUGCUAUUGUCUGCGUUCUACUCGAUCUAUUUAUCAUAUUGCAGUAUAUCUACUACAAGUAUCGCAGGACGAACAGCUCAAAAGGCGAAGAAGAAGAGUAUGGCUAUGGAGACUAUGUGGAAGCAAGCAAAACUUUUGUUUCGUGAAUUACUCUUUGCGUUGCAGUGAUUUUAAAUAUUGAUUCGAGAGUGUAUGUCUGUCUACGAAUCUAUUUAUAUAUGAUAAUAUAGUUCAUUUACCACCAGAAGAGGAGAUAUACAAUCAAAACAACCUUCAAAAUAACAGAAAUGUUCCACAGAACUAAUAUAUGUUAAUUAUUGAGAGAAAUAUAACAUAAAACCUUGACCCAAGGUGUUCU